CUUUGAUCGGUUGCUCAUAAUGACAGCGUGCGUAUAGCCGCCAAAAAGCAACAUGGUGCAUAAUUGCGCGCUUGUCAAAUAAAAACCGGUUCAAACAGGAUACCCACUUAAUAUCCAUCUGAAAACGACUUCGGUGUAUUCAUUCUGGAUUCAAGACGAAACAAGCAAGAUGCAGUUUAGAUUCAGUUCCGUACUUUUUCUUGGACUGGUAGCAGUCCUCCUUUGCAGCCAAUUUACUGAUGCAUACAGGGAUUUACCAUCCGAAUCAGAUAUAAUUGAAUCAUUAUUGGCUAGACUCUUGGAAAGCGAGAAAAGAGAUUUGCCGCCUGUCCCGAAAGUAGAAGAAGAUUCAACUUUGUUGGAAAUACUUACCGAUUUGAAUAAAAGGGGGGAAUGCGAGGAUGCAUGUAGUGAUCCCGACACCAUGGACCCAAUGUAUGGUGGAUCUGAAGGCGAAUGCAUGGCAGAUUGUAAAAAGAAGAAAUAAAUUAAUUGUGACUUCGAGCAAGAGAUAAAAAGAUGACGACUACCUAUAAGAAUACGGACUUGGAAAGUUUAGCAUUUAUAGCUAAUAUUUAUAUCUAAAUGGGAUAAAUGUCUAAUGAGAACAAAAUUAUAACCCUCUACUUUAUUUCAAUAAAAAAUGAUCAAAUUAAUAUUUGAAUUUGAAUUUACAUUGUUUAGAUUUCUCAUGUGUGUAUGCAUUGAAUUUAAUAUCUGAUAAAUAAGAGAUCAAACUUGUUUUCCUCUACUUUAAUUAAGAAAUAAAAUUUUAGCAAAUCAA